AUGGUAUAUUCAAUUUCACUUGAUUUAAUUAUUAAGAAUGAAGAUAUCUUAUUUGUAAUCUAUAAUACCUGCACAAUCGGUACUAAUGGUACAAAUUUUGAAAAACACUUCGCAAGAGAUAUGGAUUCAAGUAGCUUUCUUCAAUUUCAUCUUAUAAAGAUAUUCUUCUCCCUGAUAAACAGAAUAAAACAUCAAACUACCGGUGGAAUCCAUUUCCCUGAAAAGUUUGAUAGCAUCGAAAGUUGUUAUGUCUUGGUUAGCUGGAGAUAUAUAGCCAGUAUGAUACUAUUAGGCUUCCAAAAGCACAAGUUAUUUGUUAAAGCAAAUAUGCAUAUUGAUGGCAUUUCUUGUUAA